CCGCAGGCGCUGGGGCCGCUCGCCACCGAGGCCGCGGCGCUCGCCAUGGCCGCCCCCCCGCCGCCGCCCCUCGCCCGCCGCCCCCCCCCGCCGCCGCUCGCCACCGCCACCGGCCUGUUCGCCCUGCUGCUGGCCGGGGCUCUCGGCGGGGCCCGCGCUUUGACAUGUUUGUGCUCCGACUGCAAACAAGCCAACUCCACGUGUGAAACGGACGGCGCGUGCAUGGUCUCGGUCUUCAACCUGGAUGGUGUUAAACAUCACGUUCGGACCUGCAUUCCUGAAGCAAAAUUGAUUCCUGCUGGGAAACCCUUCUAUUGUCUGAGUUCAGAAGAUCUGCGUAAUACUCACUGCUGCUACUCUGAUUUUUGCAACAAAAUUGAUUUAAUGGUUCCCAGUGGACACCUGAAAGAUAACGAACCCCCGUCGAGCUGGGGUCCUGUGGAGCUGGUGGCAGUGAUUGCUGGACCUGUCUUCCUUGUGUUUGUUGUCAUGAUCGUAGUAGUCUUUGUUUUUCAUCACCACCAACGAGUGUAUCACAAUCGUCAGCGGCUGGACAUGGAAGACCCCUCUUGUGAAAUGUGCCUGUCGAAGGAUAAGACCUUGCAAGAUCUAGUCUACGAUCUCUCCACCUCUGGCUCUGGAUCAGGUUUGCCGCUUUUUGUCCAACGGACUGUGGCUCGGACCAUUGUCCUUCAGGAGAUCAUUGGUAAAGGCCGCUUUGGGGAAGUGUGGCGUGGCAGGUGGCGUGGAGGUGACGUAGCUGUAAAAAUCUUUUCUUCACGUGAGGAGCGUUCCUGGUUCAGGGAAGCAGAAAUAUAUCAAACUGUUAUGCUGCGACAUGAGAACAUCCUGGGAUUUAUUGCUGCAGAUAACAAAGAUAAUGGAACAUGGACUCAGCUGUGGCUCGUCUCCGAUUACCAUGAGCAUGGAUCUCUCUUUGACUAUCUUAAUCGAUACACGGUGACCAUCGAGGGGAUGAUCAAGCUCGCCCUGUCUGCUGCUAGCGGACUGGCCCAUCUGCACAUGGAGAUUGUGGGUACUCAGGGAAAGCCUGGGAUUGCUCACAGAGACUUGAAAUCCAAGAACAUCUUGGUGAAGAAAAAUGGCACGUGUGCCAUCGCUGACCUUGGUCUGGCCGUCCGGCAUGAUUCAGUUACGGAUACAAUUGAUAUUGCACCAAAUCAAAGGGUCGGAACCAAACGAUACAUGGCCCCUGAAGUCUUGGAUGAAACCAUUAACAUGAAGCAUUUUGAUUCAUUUAAAUGUGCCGAUAUCUAUGCCUUGGGCUUGGUCUACUGGGAGAUUGCUCGAAGGUGCAACGCAGGAGGUAUCCACGAAGAGUAUCAGCUUCCGUACUACGACCUUGUACCCUCUGAUCCUUCUAUUGAGGAGAUGCGGAAGGUCGUGUGUGAUCAGAAAUUACGGCCUAAUAUCCCGAAUUGGUGGCAAAGCUACGAGGCACUACGGGUGAUGGGUAAGAUGAUGCGAGAGUGCUGGUACGCCAACGGAGCGGCUCGACUCACCGCCCUCCGCAUUAAGAAAACCCUCUCACAGCUCAGUGUCCAGGAAGAUGUGAAAAUCUAGGCUCUGAGCCCCAGCAGGAGGAAACUGCACAAAAGCUGCCAUGCUAGAGUUAGACGUGUGAUGGAGGCCUACCUCGUGUUUCUGCCCAAUCUACUGCUACCAACCAGACAGCGUGACCUACAGGCUGCUAGGUGGGGUGACGGAGCCUAUUGAAUUGCUCUCUUCCCUGCUCGGGUAUGAAACAAUCAGAAACUUUUUAUGAUCACCUCCUGACAGCGUGAAGACUUGAGAGGGACAGCCGUGAUUGUAACUCUUGUUUCUUUAAUGGAAAUCCCUGUAAAGUUCAGUGCGUGCGGUGCACCCGGUGGCUGUGUCUGAGGCCAGGGUGCUAGGUGCUGGGAGUGGGAAGGGAAAGGGAAGGUUUUUUUGCCGUACUCUGAGGAUUUUUCCAGGGACUGGCAUGUUAAUGCAGAAAAAGCAUUUGCAAAACAAAUGGUGCUCCCUUCUGAGAGGCUGAGCCUGAACAGUUUAUCAGCUUCAUGAAACCAUUUCCCUCCUUUUUCUUAAGCUUGAAAAAUUCUAAGUCAAAACCAGAACUCUGACUGGCUGUCAGUGUGCGCAAUGGUGUAUGCAUGCGCGAGGUGCGCGUGUCCCCUGUGCCUGUUCAUCUCCUUCCGUAGACGUGCAGUGUCUGCCCGUAGGGUGGCUCAUCUCUGUUCGUGCUUUCUGUGCAUGUGCAAAUCUAGAGUGUCCUUUUUUUGAGCUGUGCGCGCUGGUGCUCUCCUUGUCGAGUAGUGAGCAUUGUCUAGCUUGGACAGGCUGCUUCAAACCAGAUCCUUAGCUCUCCGAUGGGUGCUGUGGCCUUGCCGUCCGUACGCCGGCUGCAGGAACUUCCCGUCAGAUUGCCUCACUGCCACCCCCUCCCUUUUUUUAAGACAAAACAAAUGAGGAAUUGACAUCACUCCUGGAAUCCAGGUCGUUUUUUUUUUUUUUUUUUUUUUUGUCUCGAGCCCCUGAGGUUUCUAAUUUUUGGUAGGGUGGAAA